AUUUUAAAACGUUCACCCAAGCUUUCAAAAGCUUCGAUGCUGUGAAAAACCACUUUCACACAUCUCUUACAAGGGGUUUUCAAAAUAUUGAUCUGUUGCAGAUUUGCACGUGUCAUAAAUUACACUUGCAUGUAAAAUCGAUCUUUCGAUACCCCCUGGUUUGUUUUGAACUAAAACCAGGGCUUUAGCAAAGCUCAAUGGUCAGCUGAAGAUGGACAGAAUGAAUGAAACUCUGACGAGGAGAUGCAACGUUGUGGUGGACCUAAUUCGGUCUCUACCAACUGCCAAAAUCACACAAUCCUGCAAAGACCGCCUUCUCAAAUUAGUGCAAGCAGAGCUCAAUUUUCUGUCACGCUCAACCAUUUUGUCAGGCCCGAUUAGUACAAACAUUGGGUAUGUGGAAGCUAUUGUGAAUGUUGUGCUACAACCAGGUAUAAAUGGAGUGUCUUGUGUAUGCAAGACGAUCCAAGGACCAUUGCAAGGUAGAUCUUUUAAUGUUGAUUUCAGAGGAACUCACGUUGAUAUAGUUUGUACUUAUAACAGAAAGCCAACAUGGUUUGUUGUUUCUGAUAGAAAUCCAAAGUAUAUUUCUUGGUCAAAUAAAUGCAGUAGAAAGGGAUUAAAAACACGUUUGGAUUUCCUCCUGGAAGCUGCAUUGAGCAGUGUCAUUCUACAGCCAGUUUCAAUAAUUCUUUGUUUUGCCAAUGGGAUUGAGAAUGUUAUCGCUCAAAGACUCAAAGAAGAUUAUAGUGCAGUGCAAAUAUCUGAUUUCAAGCAAAAUAUUGUUGAAAAGAAAAAUGUAACUAAAGAAUAUUUAGGAAGGCCAGGGACAUGUUACUUUUCUGAUAUUUUUCAGGAUGUGGAAGGCGGUGAAUGGGUCAAUGUUCUUGAUAUGAAAGAAAAAUGCAUAGAAGAUUCAAGGAGUGAUGCUUCCAAUGGAAAUCAAGUUUGGAUGGCAUUUGAGAUAAAAGUUAAAGAGAAAAAUCUUGGGAGUGGAUAUGUUCAGUGUCAAAUUGAUAGGGUUAACAUGGUAGACAAAAGCUGUCCUGAGAAUGACUUUGCCCAAGAAGAAAAACAUAUGGAUCGACUGGAAGAGAAGUUAUUGAGUGAAAAUGUAGGCCUGUUGAAGGAAUGCAUCCCCCAACUUGACAAGAAGUUUCUUUCAAUACUUGUAUCAAUGGACUUGUCUUCAGAUUUGUUGGUAAAUGGUAAAGAGACAACUAUUUUGAAAGACAAUCUGAUUAAUCUGGAUACAACAGCCUUAGUGGCACUUGUUUCUGAACUAAGCAAUGGUUGUGCUAAGAAACUGGUUGAAAUGUCAGUGGAAGACAUGAACAGGCGCUUCAAGAGUACGACAAGCUUCAUGAGGGAUCAGGCGAAGUCUGAGAUUAGGAACCCCAUCUUGGAAGAUAUGGCAUCUAUUCUAGGAGGAAAAAGAGCAAUAAUUUCUCAAUAUGUUGAUGAUGAAUUCAGGGAUCUUAUUUCAAUGUGCAGUGGUCCUAAUGAGAAACUGCGAGCAGAAUGCUUACUAAAGUGUAUAUUGGUUUUGCCAGACAAUCCUUCUGCUCGUGUGAUGGGCCUUCCUGAGACUGGGAAAAUCAAAUUGAAGCAUAAAGUGAUCUUUGGCACUGGAGAUCUCUUGCAUGCUCCGACAUUGACUGCUAAUAUGGGGUUUGUGAGAGCAGUACGGCAGACAGGGAUGCCCUUAUUAGUAUUAGAGCAUAGACCUCGGGCUUUGGUUGGUUGUUAGUUCUAACGACGAACUAGAAAUCUGUCUGGGAAUUGAGACUGAUUUAUAUCUUCAAAUUUGUUUCAGAAUUUUUCUCAGUUUGUUCAUCGAUACUCCCUUGUAUGAUGUAUCCUUGUAUCUCACUGUACUAACUACUAAGCAUGGGCUUUCUUUGUAGAGAUGUUUGCUAGUGUUAUUGCUCUGUCCAACUAACGAAUUUUCUGAUUUUCGUUCAAUUCAAACUUGAAUUGUGUCUACUAGUAAUGAUUUGACAUCGGCAUCUUGUUUGUAUGAUUUCCUUUGUUUAUUGUGGAUGAGGCACCUGGCAUCAUAUCUUGGAGUAGCUUGUUGGCAUAUGGACUUUCUUUCUUCCCUUGGUGACCAAAUUGUUGAUGCGAAAGAUUACAGUUAUUUUGAGAAGCUUGUUACAAAAUUUGUUACAGAUUCUGAAAAUCUUAUAUUUAUCAUAUGGACAUAUAUCAAAAGGGGCACUUCACUAGUGCUUAGAACUUCAGCAAGCUUAUAUUGGCAAAUCUUCAACUGCAGCAUUGUGGGCAAUGAGGUUAAUCGCAACAAAAGAUUGCAGAACUCAGUGACCUGUUUACCAUGGACAAUCUACCAGUAAUGGGUUUUGGUGUCUUUCUGAAAUAGUUGUUCGAGGAGGUUUAUUACCACUUCUAAAGGUUGUAAAUGUUAAAUACUGGGAAGACUGAUGAGAAGGGUGGGUCUGCUGGAUGAAAUUUAUUGGCAAACAUGUAGCAUUUUCUGUACUGGGUUGAGAGUCCAUUACUGUAUGGCUUAAUAAUGUCAAUGGAACUAACAAAGAAUAAAGUUGCUUUGUUUUGUUCUAGA